AGUAAAGUGCACUGCAUUGUGUUAAGCCAUCUCCUGUCAGCAGUAAUGACUUCAGACUGCUGGCUGUUUGCCUGCUUCCAUGUCUGCCUGCCUGCUGACAGCAGGCUGACAGGCAGACCCGUUAGUAAGAUAAGGACUUGCUGUGGCUCUUUAAAAGGCGUGGUGACCACGGGAUGGACUACAGAAUGGUAUGUAGCUGGCAAGCCAAUAUACAACAUCCUGGAGAGGAGGUUUGAUCUGAGGUUGGAUUUGGAUCCAGGGAGAAUCGAAAAAACCACUAGACAGUUUGAAAAUGGCCACAGAUGAGCUCACGUCCAAACUCAGCCGUCGGCUGCAGAUAGAAGACGGAACCGAGGAGCCUGUUGCUGUUGACGUCCCCGGACAGCAGAACGGGUCGGAGGACAAAGCGAGUACGGCCAACGCAGACUCGGAGUUGGGGGCCAAGCUACUGCGGCGAGGAGAGCUGAACGAGGGGCAGGGAGAGCACGUCCAGCCCAGCAUGAAGGUCUUCAACCCUUACACCGAGUUCAAAGAGUUCUCCCGGAAACAAAUCAAAGACAUGGAGAAGAUGUUCAAAACGUAUGAUGCUGGGAAAGACAACUACAUUGUAAUGGAGCUGAAACUGAUGAUGGAGAAACUUGGAGCUCCACAGACACACAUUGGCUUGAAGAAUAUGAUCAGAGAGGUGGAUGAAGACCUAGACAACAAGCUCAGCUUCAGAGAGUUCCUGCUGAUCUUCAGGAAAUCGGCAGCAGGAGAGCUUGCAGAGGAUAGUGGUCUUAGUGUCCUUGCACGUCUAGAAAUUGAUGUCUCCACAGAAGGGGUCAAAGGAGCCAAGACGUUCUUUGAGCUAAGAAUUGCUGCAUUGCCAUCAAUGAGUCCAACGGUUGAGGCAGAGAUCCGCCAAGAGCAGGAGGAGAAGAAGAAGCAGGUUGAAGAGCAGAAACAAAAAGCUGCUUUCAAAGAACUGCAGUCAGCUUUCAAGUAACUGCUACUGAGGACCCUUGACUGUGUGCUGUACUAAUGCUGUCUACGAAUCAGUGUAUAUGUCAGAUCUACUUUAAGUGCCGUCCACUGAGGUCAGACAAGCAGAGCAAUCUGAGCUACAUGAAUGAAUGAUUCUUAUUACUUCUGUCAUCCAUCCCUGUGAGCAUUGUCAUACGUUAUGUCCUGGAACUCAACAAUGAAGUCAAGCCAAUUUAUUUAAAUAGUCUACGUCCCAAAUUUGCCUCAGAGGCAUUGCAGUCUUCACAGCUUAUUACUCCUCUACCCUUACUUGCGCAAAUCAGAAAUGGAAAAACUCCACAAAGAAAUCGCUUUUAUAAGAAAAAAUGGACCAAACCUCAGGGUGAGAAACAGGAGGGCUCCUUCUUCCAGGAUCAACAGACUUGCAUUGUAUGGCAAGUGUACAGAAUAGAACAAAAUUGUAAAGCUACUGGACCACAGAUAAUCAAGAUUAUAAGGUUAAAAAGAUAGUAAGUAAAACGGUUUCACUCCUGAUAGAAGGACUCUGUGUAUGGUUCGCUCAUUCGUUUUCCGUUUCAAAAUAAAAUGAGAAAAAACAAAUAAUCGGUUUGUUUUUUGUUUCUCAAAAUCAGCAGCUGACACAUGACUGCGUCUUAAAUUGUUCUCCAUGCAGAACCUCCUGACAAUAUAAUAUAUUAUAAUAUAAUAUUAUCUCUUUAAUAUAGAGCAAUGUGAACUCCAUGAAUUCUGCGUAGGUUUUGUCACUCUCAAAGAGAAUAAAAUUGGAAAAGCGCUCUAUUAAAGCCAUUCCAGAUGUGUUCACGAUCCAGACCAGCUCUUAACAGUUCUUCCCCAGCGACUUCCGGUGUUGCAACAAACUAAAACAACAGCCAUAUUUUGUAUUUCGGGUUAAAAAGCUAGAGCAAAAAUCCAACACCGUCGUUUUUCCAUUAGUUAAAUAGUAAGUUCUACAUUAGGUUUUUAAAAACUGAAAAACAAAAAAAA